UGUUUUGGUUCCUCAUCUAGUCAACUCCUGUCAAGGGCCGGCUGCAGUCGACACGGUGAGACCAGCCUCCUCACUCCUUCAGUGUGAUAGUGACUCCUGGUAGUAUUUUAGUAUGAUCUGUAUUUUUUAUAUGUUCUGGUAUUAUGUUAUUAUCUUGGUAGUAUUUUUGUAUGUUAAUAUGUUCUGGUAAUAUGGUAGUAUGUCCUGGUAGCAUUUUAGUAUGAUCUGUUAAUAUGUAUUAUGUAGUAUGUGUGCUGGUAUGUUUUGAUAGAAUGUUGUUAAGUUUGGGUAGAAUGUAAGGUAAGGGUACAUAGAUAAUUGUAUUAAUAAUUUAAUUAUAUUAAUGUAAUUUAAUUAAUGUCAUUGCAUUAAUAAUAACAAUAAUGUUAUAAUGUUAUAGACCAUUAGAUGUAUGUGAUAUAACAAUGGAACGGCAUCACUGUGAUUGGAUACUGGGCUGUCAAUCAAGUGUGCUCAUUUGAAUAUUAUGGCAGAAGCUAUGAUAUGCUGGUAAGACUAUUUAUGUGAUACUAAUAUACCUUUCAAUGUAUAUAUAGGGUUGGGAUGUGUGUUGCUAGUUGUCUGAGAUGUGUUGCCAAGACGCUGGUCAGCCUAUCGAUUAUCUGCAUCCUUGCCAACAUCCUGCUGCUACUUCCUGGUUUUAACAUCCACUUCCUGCUGGAGGGUCAUGUGACCAGAGAGGCUACCUGGAGCACAGGCAUCUGGAGCUCUGGAAUACUGGUGCUGUUGGGAGCGAGAGCCUUCAUGACCAGCAGUAAGACCAAAGGAUGCUUUGCCUUCAGAACCCAGAUGUGUUUCCAGCUGAACUACAGUGCCCUGAUCCUGCUGGGUUCCGGGUUCUGCAGCUGGGUCAGUGUGACUGGAUUGGUCAAGGGACCGCUCUGCCUCUACAACACAUCGGCUGGACAAGUCUGGGGAGUCCCUCUACAGCCCUACCCUGACCGCUUCCCAGGCUACCUGUACAACAGGACAAUGUGGGAGGGUGUGUGUGAGAGACCCAGAGGUGUGGUCAUGUGGAACAUGGUUCUCUUCUCUGUCCUGGCUCUCAGCUCCGCCCUGCAGCUCCUGUUCACCACAGGGAACCUCUUCAACCUGCUGCUAGGAAUCCUGCUGGGUGAUACCCAUUCCUUUGUGAAGAAAAGCAAUAAUCAAGAAGUGUCAUGAUGCCUUUAUUUUGUUUCUGUUAUGUGUAUAUAAUUUAUUGAGUUUUGAAGCUCCUGUUAUUGAACUGACAUGUCAUAUUAAGGUUUCUAUUUUUUAAGGUUUUUAUUGCUGUUUCUUAUGUAAAAC